AUCUUUCAUGGCAGCAGUUUGCGGAGCGGCAACCUACCCCACUAUAAACACCCUCAGCGCGAGAUUAGGCGGCAUUUCGUCCUCGCAUUGCGUAACGGGUGCCGUUUAGUUAUAUUUAAUUCAAAAGUGUGUAUGUGUGAAGGUAAAUACAGGAUAUGGUUCACAAUAAAGCGCAGGAUUCACGUCCUUCUGGUAACGUUAGGCAGCAGGUUUAAAGAGCCUUGCUGGGGGCGGUUGAUCUGCUGGGCGUGAAUGGCUUAAGGAAGACAGGAGAUCGGAUCGUUUGCUAUGUGCCUCUUGUAUGUGAAUAAUGUACAGUGAUGGUGCCUUCUCAGACCCACGUGAUGCUCAAGUGGCAGGAGCACCUGAACAGCUCCUGGGCGGCGGAGGACAGCGUUCAGACCGCCACACGGCACGGAGCGGCAGCUCUCUAUGCAAAACUGGUCUACAACAAGGAGGUUGUGGGCUUGGCCCAACCAGUGCAGGACCUAAUGGGUCCACGCUUGCCUGACUUCCAGUACGAAUCCAGCGCUGAGGAGGAGAAGGAGGAAUAUCUGUCCGCGCUGCUCCACAGUCAGCGAUGCCUUGCCCAAUGCAUGCUGGCGAGGACCCCCUUUGCCCUAUCCCUGCACCACAGACUGAUGAUCCUCCAGAGGGUGUUCUACUCCCUCCAUAGCAAGUAUCACGACCGAUUCCGAGCACCGCUGCCUCCCCAGCCCUCAUCCUCCAGUGCAGAAGGGGGCACUCUAGAGUCAGUGUCUGAGCCUUGGCCAACAGGCAGUUCCCGUUCAAAGUCGGGCACAGACGUUCUUAUUGAAAUGGGAGUCCGGACUGGGUUGAGUCUCCUUUUUGCCCUACUGAGGCAGAGUUGGCAGCGUGGGAGUCUUGAGAACCCACCGGACGUUGCUCUGUGCAAUGAGGUACUGGCAACAGCGUCUUCAGUCCUGGCCGCCCUGCCUCCUCUUUCCUUGGCCAACGAGAACAAGAUCCCGACAGUGGGGCUUGACUGUCUUACACAAGUUGGAGACUUCCUAAAGAAGACGGCGGUCAGCGGAUCCGGGGCGGAUCGGGCGGGUCGCAGGCUAUCCCUGGAGCUCCUCCUCUCGUUAGCCUUACAAAGAGGAUCCUUGCGCUUCCUUCUGGAGUGGGUGGAGGUGGCGCUGGCUGCCUCCGCUUCCUCCACCACGUCUGAAACAGUUGGAGUGGGUUACGAGCUGAUCCAUCAAACCCUGCAACAGAUGCGCCAGCACACGGCUGUUCGUGGUGAAUCCGUCAAUACUCAGGUGCUGAAGAAGGAUGCAGAUGGACUCUGUAGCCUCUCACAUGUUGCUCUUUGCGUCUUUGAAGAGAUCUGCACCCUGGCCUCUAACUGCCUGUGCUCAUGCAGCGCGGGGUCUUCCUCCGGCUCGGAGAAUGAUGCUGUCAUGGUGUACGUGUGGGGCAGCAACAGCAGCCAUCAGCUCGCCGCUAUUCGUGGUGAAUCCAUCAAUACUCAGGUGCUGAAGAAAGAUGCAGAUGGACUCUGUAGCCUCUCGCAUGUUGCUCUUUGCCUCUUUGAAGAGAUCUGCACCCUGGCCUCUAACUGCCUGUGCUUAUGCAGUGCGGGCUCUUCCUCUUCCUCCGGCUCCGAAAUUGAUGCCGUCAUGGUGUACGUGUGGGGCAGCAACAGCAGCCAUCAACUCGCCGAGGGAACGCUGGAGAAGAUUUUACAGCCCAAACUGGCUCAGGGCUUCAGCGAUGCACAAAUGAUUGAGGCAGGCCAGUACUGCACGUUCUCUGUAUCUGCAGAUGGUGCAGUGAAGGCUUGUGGGAAGGGUAGUUAUGGGCGGCUUGGACUAGGAGACUCUAAUAACCAGUCCAUGCCAAAGAAGCUGGUUCUGGAGCCACCUCGUACCAUGAGGAAGGUGUCGUCUUCCAAGGGAUCAGACGGACACACGCUGGCUGUCACGGUGGAGGGAGAGGUGUUCAGCUGGGGAGAUGGAGAUUACGGCAAACUGGGCCACGGGAACAGCGCCACACAGAAAUACCCCAAGAUUAUUCAAGGCCCACUGUUAGGAAAGGUGGUGGUGUGUGUGUCUGCUGGAUACAGACACAGCGCUGCGGUGACUAAUGACGGAGAGCUGUACACCUGGGGGGAAGGCGACUUCGGUCGACUUGGUCACAGCGACAGUCACAGUCGUAACGUGCCCACUCUAGUGAAGGACAUCAGUGGGGUCGGGCAAGUGGCCUGUGGCAGCUCUCACACCAUCGCUGUGGCUCAAGAUGGACGAAUCGUCUGGUCCUUUGGAGGAGGAGACAACGGUAAACUGGGACAUGGGGACACAAACCGUGUGUACAGGCCUAAAGUGAUAGAAGCCCUACAUGGCUUCAUUAUCAGAAAAGUGUGUGCUGGGAGCCAGUCGUCACUGGCUUUGACAUCUGCUGGCCAGGUGUUUGCGUGGGGCUGCGGCUCGUGUCUCGGCUGUGGCUCAUCUGAGACCACCUCACUCAGACCUCGCCCGAUAGAGGACCUCAGUAUCACAAAAAUCAUAGACAUUUCCUGUGGAGACAGCCACUGUCUCGCUUUGUCUCAUGAAAACGAGGUGUUUGCUUGGGGCAACAAUGCCAUGGGGCAGUGUGGGCAGGGCCAUACCUCAACGCCAGUCACCAAACCCAAGAAAGUGAUUGGUUUAGAAGGGGUGUCAAUACAGCAGAUUACUGCAGGCACCUCCCACAGCCUGGCCUGGACAGCGGUUCCCACUGACAGGCAGCUGGUGGCUUGGCACAGGCCGUUUUGUGUGGAUCUGGAGGAGAGCACGUUUACAUACCUGCGCAGUUUCCUGGAGCGUUACUGUGAUAGUAUCAGUGGGGACACACCACCUGUACCUUUCCCCUCUAAGAGGGAACAUCACCAGUUCGUGUUGUUGUGUAUGAAACUCUUGUCCAUCCACCUGUCGUUGGCCCACGCAGGGGGAACGGGGGCCGCAGUGCUGGGCGCUCAGGGUCGGCCCCUCAGGAACCUGCUCUUCAGACUCAUCGACUCUAAUGUACCAGACUCCAUACAACAGGCGGUAAUGACCACGCUGUCUAUGGGAGCGUCUCUGUUGCUGCCUCCUCUCAGGGAGAGAACGGAGCUGCUGCACUCGCUGUUACCACAGGGUCCAGAGAGCUGGGAAAGCCUCUCUAAAGGACAGCGUCUACAGCUGGACAUGGUGCUGAACAGCCUGCAGGAACAGAGUCACGUGGCGUCCCUGCUGGGAUACAGCUCACCUGGGGAGUUGAGCGCAGGUCUGGCACUGCCGCCCACCCCUGACCGCCCCACAGGAAGUGUUAGCUCUGGCUCAGAAAUUCCAGACCAACUCCACCUGGCUGAAGUGCUCCUGAAGACCUUGCUGCUCAGCAUCGGGUUCUAUACAGAGCGUGCGUUUGGCGAACUGGAGAAGAACAGUGAUAAACNGCGGUUCAGUCAGUCCCAGAAACAGACGGAGGCUCCAUCACACUUCCACCACCUGCUGUCAGCCCUUCACAGACACCUGCUGGCUCACUGCUACAUCCACACAGGCGCUGAGGAUGACAGUAGCGUGGUGCUGCUCCAUAAGCACCUGUGCCUGCUGCUGCCUUACGCAGCCGAGACCUUCAGGAGAUCCACCAUUCUGCUGGAGGAGAGCACACUGGACAAACACGUCAUCAAGAAACUACACACUGUGCUGUUUGGUUCGGUGGCGGGGAGUCUGCUGUGUCAGGUGAUGUACUCUCUGCUCCUGCUGCCAUUGGCUGUGGUCAAACCCCUCCUUCCUCACCUGCUCACUCUGCUUGAACAUCUCAAUGAGCUCAACUGUUACUUGCCCAACACUGCGCACCUGGAGGACAUGGAGCUGGAAGGAACCUCAGAUGAAGCAUCUGAAAUCUCUGAGCCAAUCACAGUGCCAGAGUCAGAAGACUGGGCGUGGCUACUAGACCUGGAGAGGUCUGUUGCUCUUGCCAUUGGCCGAUGCCUGGGAGGUAUGCUUCAGGGCCCACCCCCUUCCAUUCAGGAGAAGACAGCAGAGUUCUGGCUGUGUAACCCGCUCCUGAGAAAUGGGCUGGAGAUAGACUUUGAACAGCUGGACUGGGCAAUGGGUUGGCUGACUGAGGCCGUGUUCAUGGGUUGUGGAGACGUGAGACUAGCCGAGCUGCUGCUGUCGGAAGAGAACACAACGUUAGUGGAACUCGCUCUUGGCUCACUGCGAGAACCUGCCAGUGCCCUCUGGAGGAAGAUGAAGGAGUAUGCGGCGAGUCGAGAUUGGGACAAUAGUGGAUCAGUGGGAGACUCUCUGUUAGAGACGGCGUGUCGCUGUAGUUUGGCCGCUCUACUCAAACAUGCCGGCCUUCAUGAAGCCUACUGGCAGGAUAAGCUUCAUUGGGCUCUCAGAGCCCCAGUGAGGAGAGGCAGGAAGCGGGCAGUUCUGGAGAGCAGACAGGAAGAGACACAGAUCCCAGCAGUGAAGCCCCAUACAGCUGAACACAACCAGGAUGAUCCCUUAGAGGAGGAAACGCCCAGCAUCAGCAGUAUGUACCUGCCGGAGGUGCUGCAGUGUUUCCUGGCCACCCGUGAGGCCAUGCAGCUCCAACAGAACGAGACUGUGUACGAGUCGUCUGGCACUAGCACGUUACCCAGCAGCACUGAGAGCCCUGGGACGCCAGACAGGGAGCCCCCCCAGCGUCCCUGGGACCACCACAGCAUCACCGACCAGGGCCUGUCCUUCCCAGCAGCCUGCCACCUGCUGGUCUCACGCUGCCUUUUCCUGCUGCUGGGGGUCCGAGCUGCUUGGCAGGAGGAGAGUGUGUCGUCACAGACGCCCACUGAGAGCAGCUUGGCCAGAUCUCCACUCUACUAUGAGGCGUUAGGAUCAAAGAUGGAGUUACAGUCUUCUGAGAGAAGAUUCAGUGAGAGAGAGACACCAGAUGAAUCUAAAAGCUCCUCAGGGUCAUUCAAAAAUAAAAUUGGCCUUCCACUCUGUUCUUUGGGCAUCAUGAAAGAUGCCUGGGAGCGACUGCGACAGUGCAUCAGUCCCACUACUAUGCUGUGCCCAGGCGGAGGUGGCACACCCAUCCUGGGCCAGGUCUUCCAUUUCCUGUGUGGGAGCCUCCUUCAAACCUCUUCUCUGGUGGACAAAGAUGGAGGUGCACAUGUGGAUCCCAAAGCCAUCACCAUAGCCAUGGCACAGCAACACCAAAGAGCUCAGGUUCGUUUGGAGGCCUUGUGUCAGAUUUCCUCUUUCCUGUCAGAGAUGGAGGAAAAGAGUGUUAGCUCUCUAGCGCCUCCUCGUUUUCCAGGCCUCUUGCAGUCAGUGCAGCUGCAGUUCCUCUCUGGCUGCUUUGGUCUGGGAGCCCCGAUCACCGGCAGUCUAGCGGCACCUAACAACAAGAUUCACCAUUACACCGCUGGGACUCAGUCGGCUCCCAUCAGUGUUCAGAGGGAGUUACAGUCUGCAGCUCACACGCUGUACCAGCAACUGGUGCGUGUGUUCAGACAGAAAGUGGCACUAGAGAGAGAACAGGCUGGCUCUUAUCAGCACCUGCUGUUAGCUACAGUCUUUGCUCUGAACUUCCACUAUCAGCCAGUGGAUCUGGUGGUGAUAAUUAAAUGUGGCGUCCUGGAGUUCUUGUCCACUCUGACUGAUAACACCUGUGUGCUGGUGAACCAGCGCUGGCUGGCCGCCUCCAUGUCCGGUCACAUGCAGCUCGGUGGGGCGGUGAAGGUGGCCACUGCCAGACUCCUGCAGAUACUCGCCAUAGCGGCCAGUUCCUGUGAAGAGGCCUUGCCAUUGGAAGUGUCCCAGGCUCUCAUGGAUGUAAUGAGCGAGCAGCUGCAGGGAUUGUUACAUGCAGUCCACCAGCAGGAGGUGCUAGAGAGGGAUUCCACAGAGCACAUCCAGGAAGAAACUUCCAAACAAGAAAGUGCAGAUGUAGUUCGUAGCAGCAGGGUUGUGGAGUCCCAGCUUGCUGACUUUCUAGUCUUCCUAAGACGCAUUUUGUCUCUAAGGGUCGCCAAAAGAGUCUCCGCAUUUGUCAAGUGGAUUGAUCCACUGAUGACAAUUAUCUCGUACAAAUGCAACUCUGGAAAUCCACGCUUUCACAACCUGCGGACGAAGCUGCUGGCCUUCCAUAUUCUAGAAGCUCUUCUCCCUGUCUGUUCAGACCCUGUUGUCAUGAAACAGAUUGUUGAUCAAUUAUUUAGCCUUUUGUCCACAUACAUGUGGGAGGAACCUUUGGCCCUGAGGAAAAACUUCGAAAAAGAGAGAACUUUGGAGAACUCAAAUAGGGACAGCGGAAGUGAAGAUGAAUGUAUUCCUAUUGGUGAUUUCUCUUUCGACCCUCAUAAACUGAUCUGUUGUUCUCUGGAGAGCGGGAAUGUACUCUCUCAUGGAUCGGGGGGAAAAGGGUACGGUUUGGCCACCACUGCCAUCACAUCUGGAUUCUUCAUCUGGAAGUUUUAUAUCACUAAGGAGAACAGAGGAAAUGAAGGGACAUGUAUUGGAGUGUCCCGAUGGCCCAUCCGGGACUACAACCACCGGACCACCACAGACAUGUGGCUGUACCGGGCCUACAGCGGUAGCCUGUAUCAUGGAGGAGAGCUGGGCCGAGCUCUGCCCUCCUUCACCCAGGGCGACACCAUCACCUGCAUCCUAGACAUGGAGGCCAGAACAAUCUCUUUCUCCAAAAACAACAGGGAGCCCAAGCUAGCGUUUGAAGGAGUGGAUGCCACAGAGCUCUACCCCUGUGUUCUUUUCUACAGCAGCAACCCAGGAGAAAAGGCCAGCCUCAUAAACCUCUACACCACUUUUGUGGCGCUAUGUGACUUGCAGAUGCGUGGAAUGCCUAGCGAUCUUCUGCCAGGGGAGCCCUUGUGCAGCCCAAGGGCCACAGUUCUGCUGGAGUCCACCAUUCAGCUGCUAAGACGACUGUACGUGAACGAUGACUGGGUUCAAAAUAUCAACCAGCACAUGCUGAACAAACUACAGCUCAUCAACCCUCUCAUGAGAGAGGGACAAGGCAAGAUAGCAGGUCAUGCCAGUAAGGAGUUCGAUGAGAAAUGUGAGAGGGGCUCUGCUUGGGCAGAUGUCGGGACAUCGACAGACCACCUCUCUGGCCCAGCGGGGCUCUCUGACGGCCAGCUCAGUGUGUUGUGCACUGAAGUCUGGCCCGUCAUGGCCCUGAUCGGAGGUGUGGACAGCGGUCUCCGUGCUGGAGGGACCUGUCUGCACAAACCCAGCGGUCGACGGGCGACUCUGCUCGGGGUCUUGAAAGAGGGAAGCCCCUUGGCUAAGCUUCAGUGGGAGGAGACAGAUUUUACUGUGAGCUUCCUGAAUUCUUGGUCACCCAGCGACACGCCUCUCUCCUCCCUGGAGCCGUGUGACGUCCCCCAGCUGGACAUGUCCCGCUGCCGUGGCCUCAAGCCCUCCGUGUUGUUCGACCUCAUCCUGAUGACCGGCAUCUUAGAAGAGCAGGAGCCUCCUUCUGAAUCAUCCGAAACGUCUGGAUUGUCACGAAACCGAAUCAGCUCUGAGGGCGGCCCGCGUAGCGAGCUGGAGAGAUGUUUGGACGAGGACAUCGCUUGUAUUAUGAUGGACGAAGAGGGAAUGAGCUGUCCAGUGGAUGAGGACAGAAAUAAAGUGGAAGAGAGGAGAGAUGAGAACCAAGAUGACACGUUCAGAUCCCUCAUACAGUCAAAAGAGGAGCGUGUUGGCACCCCCUGUCCACCAAUACUUGCACCACAACCCAGAGUGGACUUCUUUGCUUUGGAACUGCGCGCAGUCCGCAUUUCCUACCUCCUUUUGGGGGCGCUAAAAUCUUUGGCUGUCAUUCUGAGCUGCGGGAAGUUCACAGAUCUCCUCCUGGUUCCCAAAUCAGAUGCAGGGGUCUAUGUAAGUAGCCCCGACCCAGCGAGAGCCUCUGCUGGCUGGGAGGAGAACGGCGAGCUGUGCUCUGUGCUGCAGUUUGUGGUGCGGAGCAUGGUGAAGUGGGCCGUCAGACCCUGUCCGAUCAAACAGGCCAUGGCUUUAUCAGACCUCGAGAGGGCCCAGAUCAUCAUCUUUAAAGGAGUGCUGAGCAGACUGCACGAGGAUGGAAGCAAAGAACACAAAGAUUCAGGAGUUCACUCGUCCUCUCAGCCCGUGUCCAAAUCCUCCAGUUCAGUCUCGCUUUACAGCAACGGCUCUGAAGGCACCGCCAUCUUCGGCCAAUCAGCUUCACCCUCCACCAACGACCUCACAGCCUCGCUCCUCACCGCCCUGCAGGCUGACAGCCUGGAGAACUUUAACCCUUUCCUUCCCAUCAACCUGCUACAGCGGAUGGUGCUGGCACGUUUUCCCACAUUGGCAGGUCUCGUCCACAGUCCGGUUCUGCCCCCCGGGCUCAGCCUGACGAGCUCAGCCUCCUGUGAGGGCUUCACUGAGCAGCAGACCAGCUUCCUGGAGCCCUGCGGUCAGACCAGGACCCCCUGGUUCUCUUGUGUCUGUGUGUGCAUGUGUGUGUGGCUGGGCUCCUCUAGGCGGAUGGUGCUGGCACGUUUUCCCACAUUGGCAGGUCUCGUCCACAGUCCGGUUCUGCCCCCCGGGCUCAGCCUGACGAGCUCAGCCUCCUGUGAGGGCUUCACUGAGCAGCAGACCAGCUUCCUGGAGCCCUGCGGUCAGACCAGGACCCCCGUGGAACAGCCCCAAAUGUUUGUCCCAGUGCGCUUGCUUGAGAUGGGCUUCUCAAUGAGACACAUCUACAGGGCCAUGGAGGCAGCAGGGGUCACUGGAGAGGUGGACUCACGCACCAUCGAGGUGCUGGCGAGCUGGAUGCUGGAACAUCCCAUCACAGGAGAGGGCUCAUCUGCAGGGGGCGCCACUGAUACGCCCUCCUCUGAAGGGCCAGAGAUGGUCCAGUGCCCUGAGUCUCCAGCUCCUCUCACCCUACAGGAGAGCAGAGAACCCAACGAGAGUCUGUUGGCAGGUUUGGACUUGGUGGAGAGAGAGAACUUCUUAGAUGUUCACCUCACCAGGAACAGACCUCCACCUGCACGGAGGCAGCGGUCCGGAGUAAGUCAGAGAACGUCCUUCAGGAGAGCAGACUCCCCGUCGCCCAGUCCUGUCCCAUCGCUGUACAGACAGGACGUGGGAGUGGCAGAGUGGCCGGAGCGGGCCGAAACGCACCCGUUUGCUGCUGAAGACGACUCAGAGCUGGGCUACAUGGAUGAUCCGUACCAGGAAGAACCGUAUGAGGAGCUGCUCACCCCAGAGUUCAUCACCUCUGAGAGAGACACGCUGUGGAUGGUAGAGGGAAGAGAAGACCACCCAGAGCCUCAUGAGAUGGUGGAGUGUGAGCUGUGUAACACACUCACCCUGCAGUUCAACAACCACAUGAAGCGCCACCACCCGGGCUGCGGUCAGAGUGCCGGUCGCCGUGGUUACCGCAGCAAUGGAGCCUACGUGGACGGCUGGUUCGGAGGCGAAUGCGGAUCAGGCAGCCCAUACUACCUCCUGUGCACUGCAUGCAGGGAAAAGUACCUAGCCUCCAACCUGGGGGUUAUGAGCUCCAAACAGGACAGGGCAAGAGGCUUGGCGUCUGAUCUGAUUGGUCAGUUAGAUGGUACAUCAGAAGAUGAAUGGGAUCUAGGUAACCAGGAAGACUCGGAUUCAGACAGGCUUACAGGUUUGGAGGACUUUGGGAUUCUUUUGAGGCCUUUGGGUCUGAGUGAGAAGAAGCCCGUGCCCGACCCAAUCCCCUUCACUGAACACGACCCACUCGGAGCCCUCGUUAGUGGCUUGGUCAGCGGAGACAACAGCCUGCUUUACAAAGGUGUUGUCAGCACCGAGCUGAAGAGCUCCUCGGUUCCUCUGAGUCUCGGGGAGCAGGCAGCAUCCCUACGGGAGCCCCAGGAGAGACUGUUGUCUCUGAGGAGAGUCACCUCCACCGCUCAGAUCCUGCUGGCCUACAGUAUGGUGAUGAGAGCUCUCUCACAGACCUCCACCAGUAGUUCAGUGUGUAAUCAGUCCAGUGGUCUGGAGGCUCUGGGUCUGGCUGACAUCCGUAUCCUGGUGCGGCUGAUGUGUCUGGCAGCGGGGGGGCGUGUCCACACAGGCAUGGACCAGCAGGGAAUGGGGCGUGGCUCUAUGAGCGAUCGCACAGGCUCCGCCUUCCUGUCCUUCCUCAGCUCUGCUAUCGGCAGUUUAGUGUCCCAAAGUCCUGCUGCCUACAGAGAGUUAGUGGACAUCUGCACUCAGGGUAGUUCAGUGUGUAAUCAGUCCAGUGGUCUGGAGGCUCUGGGUCUGGCUGACAUCCGUAUCCUGGUGCGGCUGAUGUGUCUGGCAGCGGGGGGGCGUGUCCACACAGGCAUGGACCAGCAGGGAAUGGGGCGUGGCUCUAUGAGCGAUCGCACAGGCUCCGCCUUCCUGUCCUUCCUCAGCUCUGCUAUCGGCAGUUUAGUGUCCCAAAGUCCUGCUGCCUACAGAGAGUUAGUGGACAUCUGCACUCAGGAUCUCAUGGCAGCAGCUACAGGGAUGAACAUCAGCGCUAUCACCGGUCCGCAGCAGAGGAUGAGGCAAAGCUCUGCCCUCAAGGGGGCGCCACAGGAGCCGAGACAACUGACCCCGCCCACUUUCCUGGUCACACAGAGUCUGGUGUCCCUCCUGACAGAGAAAGGCGUUCGAUACCGUUAUAAUGUGGAAAGAAGCGAUUCCACUGAAUCAAAGGAAGGUGGAAGCCCUCCACCCUCAGGUCCUCCUCUCUCUCAAGCUGGAGUGCGGGUCGGGCCGCUGGAGCUGGCUAAUGCUCUCGCUGCCUGUGCCCUGUCGGCCAGGCUGACCAGCAGACACCGACAGUGGGCAGCACAACAGCUGGUCCAGGCCUUGGCGGUCUCUGAGAAAGACAAUACGGCCAGACCCCAGACAUACAGCGACAUGGCCGGAGAUCUGCACAAGUGUCCCAUCAAGAAGCUGGAAGGACAUCAGAACAGGGUGAGCAGCUGCAGCUGGAGUUCAGAACAAGGUCUGUUGGCCACCGGCUCACAGGACGGGACUGUUCGACUGUGGGCCGUAACGCCGAACACAGCAGAACUGCAGCACACACACACCUGCAGCGUCAGUGAGGAUGCUCAGAGCUCAGAUGGUUCAAUGGGAUCGCAUCUGCUGUCCACUGUAUCGUGGAGCGCAGGGGGAACUCUAUUGGCCGCCUUCCAGAACAAACUCAUCAACAUCUGGACCGUCAGUGGUGCUCAGGCACAAAUGGAGGCUCAGUCCUCCUGGGUCACUGCACUCUCGUGGGUUCAGACCUCCACUCCGUUCCUCAGUCAGGAAGCCUGCAGUCAGGUCAGCCCUCCUGAGAGUCUGCUGGUGGGCCGGCUGGACGGCUCCCUCUGCUGGCUGGAGGUCACAGACGACUUGAGGGUGGAGCGAACAGAGCUCACUCACUGCUACAGGAAAGAAGCUCCUCAGUGUCUGGCCUGGUACAGUGUUGAUAAACCCUUUGCCGUGGGCUAUCCCGAUGGCAAGAUUCUACUAGCAACAGCAGAGAGCUACGAAAUCGACCCGCCUAUUCUGCUAACAGCAUUUCCUGAGAGUGUGAGUGCGCUCAGGUGGGACCCUACCGGUCAUCUGCUGCUGUCUGUGGGCCACUCUGAGGUGGUGAAGAUCUGGGGUCGUGCCAGCAGUGCGUGGCUCACCCUCCACUCUCUGUUCCACACGGGCACUGUCAACACGGCCGAGUGGUGCCCUCUGCCCGGGAGAGGACCGGAGCCUCGUCUUAUGAUGGCAGUUGGAUGUCAAAAUGGCCUCCUGUAUGUGUGGAAUCUUCCUCAAGGGGGCGCUAAUGUCUCAGUGCCCAAUUUCCUCACCCUGUCUACCAGCCAAGACAAGAGCAGUGCCAUCAAGCGGGGCAAUGCUAAAUGUGUGUUCCACCUGAGUGGACACAUUACCGCGGUAAAGACCCUGUCAUUUUGUCCCAGUGGACUUGCACUCAUGUCUGGAGGAAUCGGAGGGGUGCUCAACAUCUGGUCUCUCAGGGAUGGUUCGGUCCUGCAGACUGUGGUUACAGGAAUGGGCUCUGUGGUUUGUACCACCUGGAUCCCACACAUAGGGGUGACCGCUUGUUCUGGAAGAUCAAAAGAUGUUUUGCUAAUUCGCUGUACCCCAGACUGGAUCUCUCAGAAUCACGUUCUGGCCUCCUGCCGUUCCGUUCUACGCAGUCAGGGCAUUCUGGGAUUGAAUCGUGCCCCCUGCAUGGCCGUCUUUCUUGAGCGCCUUCCCACAUUGCUUCAGGAGCAGUACAACUAUGAGAAGAGUCAUGUGAUGGUGGGCGAUCAGUUGACCCACAGUGCCUUUCUUCAGAGUCUGGCCACUCUGGCCAUGGGUCUCUUCUUGGAUCAGUUACUGUGCCGUCAGCCCAGACCGCCUCAUCACAGCGGGACGGGGCCGGGGCCGGAUCAGGACGGGGCCCCUGGAUCCUUCUGUCCCUCAGAGUGGAACUGGCUUUCCAUCUAUUCAACCACAGUGAAGAGCGCAGAGGCGUUUGCUCGUGGCACCGCCUUCCCAGAAUCCUUCAUUGCACCUGAAUUCCAUCAUUCUGGAUCCACGGAGUUGACCAAACCAUUGGACAACAGUAAAUGGACCUUCAUGAUGGAUGAACAGCUCAUGUCCUGGGCGACCAGCAGACCUGAAGACUGGCAGCAGGGUGGUAAAAGUGAGGUGUAUUUGUGGGGUAACGGACGUCACGGGCAGCUGGCGGAUGCUGGAACCAGUGCGUCUGUGCCCACACUCGCUCCCUCUCUCUCGCAGACUCAACAGGUUGUGUGCGGUCAGAACUGCACGUUCCUGGUUCAGGCUAACGGUACGGUUCUGGCUGUAGGGGAGGGCAGUUACGGGCGACUCGGACAGGGUAACUCAGACGACCUCUACACCCCAACUAUCAUCUCAGCUUUACAAGGUUAUGUAGUGACUCAGCUGGUGACAUCAUACGGGUCUGAUGGCCACUCAUUGGCUCUCACUGAGACCGGAGAGGUGUUCAGCUGGGGUGAUGGGGAUUAUGGGAAACUCGGCCACGGGAACAGUGAAAGGCAAAGGCGACCCAAACAGAUCGAGGCUCUGCAGGGAGAGGAAGUGGUGCAGCUGGCGUGUGGGUUCAAACACUCAGCCGUCAUCACAGCGGACGGAAAACUCUAUACCUUUGGCAGUGGAGAUUCUGGACGCUUGGGUCAAAGGUCAACUUCAAACAAGAUGGUCCCGGAGAGAGUGACAGCACUGUAUGGGUACCACAUUGGACAGGUGUCAUGUGGUAUCAAUCAUACUUUGGUCCUGUCAUCAGACGGCCUGAGUGUGUGGGCUUUCGGAGACGGUGAUUAUGGUAAACUGGGUAUUGGACCAUGUACAGUGAAAUGCUACCCACAGAAAGUGGAGGCUCUUUGCAAUAAAGGCAUUAAAAAGGUUGGAUGUGGAACACAUUUCUCAGUGGUUCUGGCCAAAGAUGGACACGUCUACACAUUCGGCCAAGAGCGUCUGAUAGGUCUGCCAGACUCCAUGCUGAAGAAUCACAACCGGCCGCAGAUUAUUCCCGCUCUGGAGGGCGUCUUCAUUGAGGACAUUGCUUUGGGCUGUGAACACAUCCUUGCUUUAUCCAACACUGGAGACGUGUAUGCAUGGGGCUGCAACUGUGAGGCCCAGCUGGGUCUGGGCCAUUCCAAUCCUGUCAAAGAGCCCACUCUGGUUACUGCUCUACAGGACAAGAAGAUCAGGCAGAUCUCGGCUGGACGCUGUCAUACCUCGGCCUGGACCACACCGGCUCUGUCAACCAAAGCUUCAGGUACAAACAAAUCCCAGGGGCGCUCUAGCAAGCCCAUUUUUGUGCAGAUCGCCAAACAGGUGGUGAACCUGAACCCCACUGAGCUGCGUCUGCCCUCCAGAGCAUGGAAGGUGAAGCUGGUUGGAGAAGGGGCGGAUGAUGCCGGCGGCGUUUUUGACGACACCAUUACCGAAAUGUGCCAGGAGUUGCAGUCAGGUGUGGUCGAGCUUCUCAUUCACACUCCCAACAGCUCUGCAGAUGUUGGUAGCAACACGGACAGGUUCUUGCUGAACCCAGCAGCAGUCUCGGAUGAUCACAUGGUGCAGUUUCGCUUCUUGGGGAUCCUAAUGGCAGUGGCCAUUCGAACCAAAAAGCCCUUGGAUCUGCACCUGGCGCCAUGGGUGUGGAAACAGAUGUGCUGUAUUCCGCUGGGAGCCGCCGACCUGGAGGAGGUGGACCUGCUCACGUACCGCUCACUUCAGGGCAUCUUACACCUGGACAACAGCGUGAUCAAUGAAGAGAACUUCACAGUGAUGAUCCCUCUGGACUCAUUUGUGGCUCACAGUGCUGAUGGCACGUUGGUUCCGGUGAUUCCUGGUGGGCAUAACGUCCCUCUGACAUUCUCCAACAGGAACGAUUAUGUGGAGAGAGCCUUGCACUACAGACUUCAUGAGAUGGACAGACAGGUGGCAGCAGUGAGGGAGGGCAUGUCCUCAAUCAUCCCAGUCCCGUUGCUUUCCCUGCUCACGGCUCGACAGCUGGAACAGCUGGUGUGUGGCUUGCCCGAGGUCUCUGUGGAAAUGUUGAAGAAGGUGGUACGAUACCGUGACAUUACUGACAGCCAUCAGCUCAUUGGCUGGCUGUGGCAGAGCCUCGAGGAAUUCUCCAAUGAGGAGAGAGUCCUGUUCCUGCGCUUCGUGUCCGGACGUUCCAGACUGCCAUCCAAUCCGGCAGACAUCACACAAAAAUUUCAGAUCAUCAAAGUUGAUCGGCCUGUGAACGGACUUCCUACGGCCCAGACGUGCUUCUUCCAGCUGCGCCUUCCUCCCUACACGAGCCAGGCCAUACUAGCCGAGCGCCUACGCUAUUCCAUUCACAACUGCCCCUCCAUAGACAUGGACAACUACAUGCUGUCACGCAACACCGACCAGGCAGACGUCUCCGACACCGAGUACUAACGCGGCCCUCGCAAAAACGGACUCUAUAACGCUACAAAGCACAGAAUAACCCUCAUAAAUGCCUCCGGUUGCACUUCUUCCUCAUACAUGCAAUACAGUUCUCAGUCACAAAGCCUCACGUACGUACUCUCUGCAGUACCCAGAAUGCACUGCAGACGCCAGUUCUUCCACAAGGUCAAAGGGAGAAUAUUUAAGCAAUUCAGUUCUUUAUUUAUUCCUUUUUGUAUCAUCUUCGUGUCUCUGAAUGUUGCAGGAAAGUUUCUAAAACUAAAAAAAUAUUACAAUAUGUUACAAGCGCCGUGCCUGGAAUGGUCGCAAGGUUUCUUCUCUUGGCGUUAGCGACAGAAACUGCGGUUGGUUCGUAGGUGAGCACUUGGCAGCUAGCUUCCUGUCCCAGUUUAUGCCAAAGGCUAUUAAACUACUGUACUGUACUGUACACGAUACCUUCUGACUCAGUG